AUGAGGACCAAAGCUUGUGUUCACACUAUGACUGGUCAUACAAAUACUGUUGCUGUUGUUAGGUGCCAAGCAUCAGAACCUCAGGUUAUAACUGGUAGCCACGAUUGCACUAUACGCCUGUGGGAUCUAGCUGCUGGACGAACACGUGCUACUCUUACUAACCACAAAAAAAGUGUGCGUUCUCUUGUUCUUCAUCCUUCUCAAUAUUCUUUUGCAUCAGGAUCACCAGACAACAUCAAACAGUGGAAAUUUCCAGAUGUAUACAUGCAUUUCCUGCUUAGAGGUCCCUGUCACAAGACAGUAAGUAUUAUUACGAGAGCAUUGGUCAGUAAGAUGGCCCAUCCUGGGAAGAAAGACCUGCAGCAAUGCUCUCUUGAAGAUCGUGACUUCAAGGCAGAUUCCCGAUUCAUUAACCUGAAACCAAUUGGAAUUGGGGGCAAUGGUAUUGUCUACUCAGCAGUUGACAGUGAGUGUGAGAAGGAAGUGGCUAUCAAGAAAAUUUGUUUCUCAGAUAAAAGAAGCUGCAAGUAUGCAUUUCGGGAACUACGUAUUAUGCGCCGGCUUCACCAUGAAAACAUUGUGGCUGUGUAUGAAGUUUUAGGGCCUGGGGUAUGCAGUGCCACAGAUAAUAUGAUGGGUUCACUCUGUGAGCUAAAUUCUGUCUAUAUUGUUCAAGAGUUGUUGGACACUGAUUUGCAACAGUUGUUAUUUGAUGAGGGACAACCACUGGGGGAUGAACAUAUUCGUUUCUUGCUUUAUCAAUUGUUGAGAGGCCUCAAAUACAUUCACUCUGCCAAUGUACUGCAUCGAGAUCUCAAACCUAGCAACUUGCUUAUUAAUCUUGAUGACCUUGUAUUGAAGAUUGGUGAUUUUGGACUUGCAAGGGUUGUGGAUUCGGACUAUACUCAUAAGGGUUUCCUUACCGACCAAGUUGGAACCUGCUGGUAUCGAUCACCUGAGUUGAUAAUUUCCCCAAAUGAUUACACUAAAGCAAUUGAUAUUUGGAGUGCUGGUUGUAUUUUGAUGGAAAUGUUAAUUGGACGGCCUCUAUUUCCUGGCUCACACGAAAUGGAACAAAUCAGUUUGCUGCUUCAUACACUUCCAAUCAGUGACAAUGACUGGAACAGUGUUACUCAAGUAUUGCCAAAGAGUGUUAUGAAAAGAAUUCCCAGGAACCCUGAAAAACUACUUAAAGAUCGAUUCCCAAAUAUUGAUCUCACUGUAAUGAAUUUGGUUGAAAAAAUGCUGACAUUUAAUUCUAAGCAGCGUAUUACUGCAGAAGAAGCACUUCAACAUUCAUAUCUAAAGGCUUAUUGCUGUCCUGCCGAUGAACCUGUAGCCAGCCAGCCAUUUUAUAUUGAGCAUGAAGUGGAUGACCUUUCUCCCAAAAUGUUGCGACGUUACAUCAAUCGUGAAUUACAAGAUGAAGCUAGAUCAUGUGGCACUUCUGUCCAGCCUUUCCCACGGAAAGUAACCAUUGACUGUUCCUCACCUACGACUACCUCGGCUAAUUCUCUUUCAUACCAACAACGCAUUUCUAACUUAAAUGCUCAUACUGACCAUUAUUCUAUCUCGUCAAUUUUGCCAGCUGCUGAUGAAGCCUGUAAGAAUGAAAAGAACAAGGAACUGACAAAUCUCUCCAACUUGUGGCUUCCUUCUCAGAUGGCCACCAACACAAGGAACUAUUACUCAAGGCAAUUCACAUUUCAUGACCAGACCUCACAUGGCCAUGAGAUGACUGAUACAAGCAAUAAUAAAUCUGCCAAAAGUAAACAUUACUGUAAAGGGAGUGAUACUAUUCACGAAAUGAAAGUGAAAGACAGAGUCAAUCUUGAACGCAAGGGGGAACGUGUGCCUAUUCCACGUCACCGAAAUGUUUCCCACCAUUCAGCUCGCCUCUUAAAAGAACAACAAUUACUGACAGUCAAUGAAGCUGAUUCUCUUAAAUUUGUUGCUGAGAAACAACAAUGUGAGAAAAAACUGGCUCGACAGAACAAGUCAGACAGGGGUUGUGGUACUGAUUUUGACAGACGUUACAGACUGCCUACUGAGCAUUUAACUAGGCAACAUAAACACAGUCAUGGGCUAGAUGGCCGUCCAUUUAAACUUAGCUGGGACAAUUCUUGUAUUUUGCCCAGUGAAAUGGAGAAACUCUCCAUUUGGGAUGACAAUAUGAACAGUGAAGCUACAGAUAAUUAUGGAGCAUCUUCCAAACACCAAAGUGAUCUGAAAAAUCUUCAGGAUACUGUUCACUGGUCAGAACAGCAUCAAGAUCCAGAUUACAGUUCAGAAAGUGAUGAUCUAUAG